AUGUCUAGAAACGGGCCAUCAGUUGUCGCCAAGACGUCUGGAGGUAACAGUGCCUACCACAACUUCCACAAUGACUUUUUACACGUCUCCGAUCUCAACGAGCGUCGUCGUCUCGCCCUCGCCGAGGUCGACAAGGCCCCUUUCGGCUGGUACCAUGUCCGCGCUUGUGUUGUCGCCGGUGUUGGUUUCUUCACUGAUUCCUACGACAUCUUCACGGCCUCUCUCUUGACCACCAUGUUGGGAAUAGUCUACUACCCUGGCGUCGGAGCUAUGCCUACCAGCUCUGAUAACGCCAUCAAGCUGGCUACCUCUGCCGGAACUGUUGUUGGCCAGCUUGGUUUCGGUAUGUUGGCCGACUUGGUCGGUCGUAAGAAGAUGUAUGGUCUCGAACUUAUCGUCAUUAUCUUUGCUACAAUCGGCCAGGCUCUGACCUCUGGUUCUCCCGCUUGUGACAUCAUUGGUCUCAUCAUUUUCUGGCGCGUGAUCAUGGGCAUUGGCAUUGGUGGUGAUUAUCCUCUGUCCUCCAUUAUCACUUCCGAAUUCGCUACCACCAAGUGGAGAGGCGCCAUGAUGGCUGCUGUGUUUGCCAUGCAGGGUCUUGGCCAGCUUUGCGCUGCCUUUGUCAUGCUUUUCGUUACCCUCGGUUUCAAGGGUUCUCUUGAGGGCGCCAAGGACAAGCAGCAUUGCACUGGCGACUGUCAGGUUGCUGUUGACAAGAUGUGGCGUACUCUGAUCGGCUUUGGUGCUGUUCCUGCUUGCAUUGCCCUUUACUUCCGUCUCACCAUCCCAGAAACCCCUCGUUAUACCUUCGAUGUUGCUCGCGAUGUCGAAAAGGCCGGCGACGAUGUCAAGGCUUACAUGACCGGAAAGCAUGAAGGCGAGCCUGACGAGGUCACCCGCGCCACCAUGGCUCAGCAGGCCAAGGACAACCUCGAGGUCCCCAAGGCCAGCUGGGGUGACUUUUCUCGCCAUUAUGCCAAGCCCAAGAACUUUCUUCUCCUGCUCGGGACUGCUGGUUCCUGGUUCUGCCUCGAUGUCGCUUUCUACGGUCUCUCGUUGAACAACGCUCAGAUUCUCCAGACCAUUGGUUUCGCCACCAGCGGCAAGUCCGUCGCCAACGUGUACCAGUUCCUGUACAAUACCGCUAUUGGUAACUUGAUUAUUGUUUUGGCUGGUGCUGUGCCAGGGUACUGGGUCUCUGUCGCCACCAUCGACACCCUUGGCCGCAAAACUAUCCAGCUUGGUGGCUUCAUCAUCCUCACCAUUCUGUUCGUCGUCAUGGGUUUUGCUUACAACCACAUCUCUUCCAACGGCUUGUUGGCUAUUUAUGUCCUUGCUCAGUUUUUCUUCAACUUUGGCCCCAACACCACAACCUUCAUUGUUCCCGGCGAAGUAUUCCCAACCCGAUACCGUUCUACUUCCCACGGUAUCUCUGCCGCCUCUGGCAAGGUUGGUUCCAUCAUUGGCCAGGGUGCCAUUUCUACUCUGAAGACGCACAAUGGCCAAAAUUGGAUGGACCACGUCUUGGAGAUUUACGCUCUCUUCAUGUUGCUCGGUUGCUUCACUACACUGCUCAUUCCUGAAACUGCUCGCAAGACACUCGAGGAGCUCUGCGGCGAGGACGACUACGCUGUCACCCACGCCGACCGUGGCUCCAAUGGUACCCACGACCUCAACGGGGAGGAGCCCGUCAAGACCUCCUAA